AUGUUGUGGAGACGGAAAGAAGCUGACACAGCGUCGUUGGCCAGCAAGGCCAGCGGCAGCCGGGAAAACACGCUUUCCAAGUGCGAUACCGAAAGUCUGGAAGAGCUUGUCAAGCGCGAGACGCCGUUUGAUGAGCCGAUAAACCCAGUGAAGAGAGCUGAAUUCAAGUUGACCUCGGAGCAACAAAAGAUGUACGACGAUAUCGUCGCCUACUUUGAGGAGUAUGUUACCAAGGAGUUCCCGAUUAAAGAGGGUCUGACGGUAACCCACCCAUUCACCGAUGAAGAGUUGGCGUGGUUGACCCAAGAAUGCUUUUUGCGGUACUUACGGGCGCUGAAGUGGGUGUACGACACUGCUGUGGGACGUAUCAAGGAUACACUUUUAUGGAGACGUACCUACGGGGUGCUGAAACUUGCCAAGCACCCUCAUAAGGAGGCGAUCACUGCCGACCUCGUCGCCCCUGAAAACGAGACGGGGAAAGAAUAUAUUUUGGGCUACGAUGUCGACAACCGGCCGUGUCUUUACCUUAGAAAUGGCUACCAAAACACCCAACCUUCUCAGCGGCAGGUACAACACUUGGUGUUUAUGUUGGAGACGGUGAUCCAAUUCAUGCCUCCCGGUCAAGACACUUUGGCGUUGCUUAUUGAUUUCAAGGCGGCGCCAGCGCACAUGAACUGCAAUGCCAAAUUCCCUCCCAUCAACAUCACUCGUGACUGUAUGCACAUCCUCCAAUACCAUUACCCAGAAAGACUCGGGAAAGGUUUGUUCACCAAUGUACCGUGGAUUGGACACGCGUUUUUCAAGCUUGCGUCCCCCUUUAUCGAUCCUUACACCCGUCUGAAGACAAUCUUUGACGGUAACUUCGGCGACUGGGUGCCUCGUGAACAACUUGAUAAGGAGUUCAAAGGUAUGCUUAACUUUGAAUACAAGCAUGACGUUUACUGGCCGAAGAUGGUGGAGAUGGCCGAGGCAAAGCAGAAAGUAUACAUGGAGAACUUCGAGAGACUCGGAAAGAAGAUUGGUCUCAGCGAGUACGACUUGAGAUCGAAGCAAGACGAGUCGGCCUAA